UUUUUGUUUUUUUUAGUACGUUAAAGCCACGACAGAAAGUCCAAUACGGUCACACACAACUUCACGUUUUACUAAAUUUAAUUGAUUUCUUUAUUAUUUAACAACCGAUCGCAGCGACACGAGUGGGGUGCGUGUGGUCAGUUAUAGAAAGAGAUUGAGAAGGAAUCCUUACCAGAAUGCUAGUCAUCAACACAUGCAGAGCUGCCUCCAGAUUGGCGCUGCGAAGCCUCAGUUUGCGAUCGCCGAUCGCAACACGCACUUUCUCGACGGGAUUGGCUCUGAAAACGAAAGAUGUCGUUAACAUAACCUUCGUGCGUGCCAACGGGGACAAGAUCAAGACGUCCGGAAAAGUGGGUGACUCCCUGCUGGACGUUGUGGUCAAUAACAAUGUGGAUCUGGAUGGCUUCGGAGCCUGCGAAGGCACCCUGACCUGCUCCACCUGUCACCUGAUCUUCCAGACUAGCGAUUUCGAGAAAUUGCCAGACAAACCGGGUGAUGAGGAGCUGGACAUGCUGGAUCUGGCCUACGAACUGACGGACACCUCGCGGCUGGGGUGCCAGAUCACCCUGUCCAAGGACAUGGAGGGCCUGGAGGUCCAUGUGCCCUCCACCAUCAAUGACGCACGUGCCGCGUAGAUAGACACCACCACUGUUAUAAAUUGUUACAAAUUUGAGUGCUAAUUCGCUUUAGUUCAACCUAGAUGUAGUCAAUCUUUUUGAAUGAAAUCGUAUGUAUUGUCCCAGGGACACAAACCUCAGGCGGCUAUAAUGGAUACACGCAUAAAUCCGAUUCCAGAUGCGGAUUAGCGUGCGCUGUUGUUUUUAAAGUGUGUAAGCUCAAA